AGCAAGGUAUGUUGUUCUGUUUCGCCACUGGUCCUCGUAACAUGUAAGGCUGACGAAACCAACUGCUCAUCUGCGUAACGCAAGCAAACGACAGCUUCCUACCAUGUAUUACUUCCUCCUCGCCAUCCUACUCCUUACAAUCUACGUAUGGCAAAAGUUUCGCCGGACACGCACAUGGCGCCCGGGACAUCGCGCCCUGCUGGUGACAGCCCAUCCAGAUGACGAGUCGCUUUUCUUCGCGCCUUACCUAACAAGAGCACUUCAAGCGGGAAUACAAGUUCAUAUCUUGUGCUUGUCCACAGGUAACGCAGAUGGACUAGGGAGCAUUCGCGCCCGGGAGCUCGUCCAGGCGUGUGCAGUAUUCCAGGUACCCGAGCAACGGGUGAGGCUGGUGAAUGAUGGCGCGUUGCAGGACGGCUUCCAAGCAUGGGAUGAAGGGGCGGUGAAGGCCCGUGUGGCCGCAGCGCUAGCGGCAGUGCGCCCGCAUGAGCUGGUGACCUUCGACGCUGGCGGGGUGUCCGGCCAUCCCAACCACACAAGCAUCUACGCAGCUGUCUGGCGGUUGGUGGGCUGCAGGGGGCUGUCGGCAUCUCAAGGUGAUGGACAUGAAGGGGGCGUGGCAGGCAGCGACGGCAGCAACCGCGGUAGCAACCGCAAUGGCGACUCGUGCUGCCGAAUAUGCACGCUGGUGACGCACCCGCUGCCCCUCAAGUUCACCGGGGUGCUCGGUGCGGCCCUGGUGCUGCUGCUUUCCUCCGUACGGCUGCACGGCCGCAGUGCUGACGUACGGCUGCACGACAGCGCUGCGGACACCGCCUUGCUGCUGUCGUCAGCCAAUCCGGUGGUUGGGCUGCGAGCCAUGUGGUGCCAUCGGAGCCAGUUCGUGUGGUAUCGGUGGCUGUUUGUCCUGUUCUCCACAUACACCUACGUCAACCAAUUCCGAGUCAUCGGAGCUGUAACGUACUGACCAAAGAGUACUCUGCAGCUGCUGGACCGUAACGGAACAGCCACACGCGCAGUAGCAUUGGCCAAACAUGGAUAGAGCUGCUGCGGCCAAAACCGG